GAGCAGCCGCGGGCUGAGCACGGAAAGCGGGCUUCGGCGGGUUCAGCCUGCGAAGGUCAGCUCGGGAGGUCCUUCUGUGACAAGGCCAGGCCACGGGCUGUUCUGGGAGGCUCGCGGGUCAUUCUUUGUCCGUUCUUCGCGACGAAGGGGCGGGGCGUCUCUUGCUCCCGCCCCGGAAGCGGAAGUGCAGGCGUCAGGGGGUCCUGUCCGCUGUGAGCCCGGCCCGUGCGGCAGCUGUUCCUCCCGGUGAUUCUACCGCGCCGUCUUGGCUGCUGGUUGUCGCGUUCUCCAUCUCACCAUGCUGUCCCUAGAUUUUCUAGAUGAUGUGCGGCGGAUGAACAAGAGGCAGCUAUACUACCAAGUCCUAAAUUUUGGAAUGAUUGUCUCCUCGGCACUAAUGAUCUGGAAGGGGCUGAUGGUGAUAACCGGAAGUGAGAGUCCAAUUGUAGUGGUGCUCAGUGGUAGCAUGGAACCUGCCUUUCACAGAGGGGACCUCCUUUUCCUCACAAACCGUGUUGAAGAUCCCAUACGAGUGGGGGAAAUUGUCGUUUUCAGGAUAGAAGGAAGAGAGAUUCCUAUUGUGCAUCGAGUCUUGAAGAUCCAUGAAAAGCAAAAUGGGCAUAUCAAGUUUUUAACCAAAGGAGAUAAUAAUGCCGUUGAUGACCGAGGCCUCUAUAAACAAGGACAACAUUGGCUAGAGAAGAAAGACGUUGUAGGGAGAGCGAGGGGCCUGUUCAUUUCAGAUAUUAUCAGGAGAACAGAUCAGUGGAGGACAGGAAUUAUUUGUUCCUUACAUUGGAAUCGUGACAAUCCUCAUGAAUGACUAUCCUAAAUUUAAGUAUGCAGUACUGUUUCUGCUGGGUUUAUUUGUGCUGGUCCAUCGUGAGUAAGAAGUCGGCUGCUGCGCUGCUCCUGGAAGAUGCUGUGCUUUUGUUACUGGAUGUUUGGAGUAGAUCCUGGUCUGUGAUUGGCAGAUAUUUGGAGGACACACAUGUUGGCGCUUCUUGGUAGCACUGGUUUGCAUUAGUUUUGUUUCCACACCGAGGAUGUGUGGGCGGGUGCGUGUGCACAUGGAGUGCACUCACGGGGACUUUCAGUCACAGAUUUCAUAUGCUGUCAUUGUCACUCUCACGUUUUUUGUACAUCGGUGAAUUUUUUAUAUUAAAAGGUUGAGCCAAAGCCCCCAGUGUUUGUAUUUUGAAGCCAAGCUUCAUUUUUAAAGUGCCUACAGAGUUCUGUAAAUGAAAACACAGCUCUGCAUGAGUUCACACCCGUCAUCCUUCCUUACAGUGGGAUGGCACAUAUUGAGGUGGUCAUUAAGUCUUAACUUUUCAAAAUUUUAAAUAAAAGACUUUGCACAUUGAA